AGCAUUCCCCUCUUCGUUUUCGUUCCCACCCCAGGUCUCCAAACCCACAUCAAUGCGCCCCAGCCGCACCAUUUGUCACCACCCUCUCCUCUCUCACCCCUUCUUUGUCUGUCCCCGGCUGCAGCCGCCCCGGUCUCUCGCCUUCUUUUCUCCACCGCAGUCGCCGGCCUCCUGCCUCCGCCAUCGUUUCUUGGACUCUCCGCUCCUUCCUUUCUCCUCCGCCUUGCCCCCGCUCCUCCUCGUCCCCCAUUGCUAGACCUCGAGCCCCAGAAAGCCUGACAAAUUUCUAGCCUCUGCACCUUCACAUACAUUCCCUCGCCAAUUGCAAUGGUGAUGUUUUCUUGGUCCAUCUCAGGCGCGGGGCGUUGAUUGGAGAGAGAGGGAAAACUGCGGAGUGGCGGUUACUUGGCUGGGGUGUGCUGUUCCUGUCCGUUCGUGCUCCCCGGAUUUGGACGCACGGGAGUCAGAUCCGUUCUUCCCUCACUCCAUCCUCCAAGGAUCCAUGGGUUCCGUCAAGCUGGGCUCCAAGCCGGACGCCUUCACCAGGCGAGGCCAAGCGUGGUUCUGCACAACUGGACUUCCUAGCGAUGUUAUCGUUCAGGUCGGGGAGAUGUCUUUCCACCUCCACAAGUUCCCUCUGCUUUCAAAGAGUGCCAUCUUGGGAAGGUUGAUCGAGGAGAAUUCAGACCAAGAUGAAUGUACCAUCAAACUAUCCAACAUCCCUGGAGGUGCAAAAUCAUUCGAGUUAGUGGCAAGGUUCUGCUAUGGUUUGAAGAUAGAGCUCUCUCCAGCAAAUAUUGUCCACCUUCGAUGCGCCGCUGAAUAUCUCGAGAUGACAGAAGAAACAGCGCAGGACAACCUCAUCCACCAGGCAGAAAUGUUCUUUAACCAAGUAGUUCUGCGCAGCUGGAAAGAUUCCCUGGAAGCACUCAAGACAUGUGAUGUCCUUCUCCCUCAUGCUGAAGACCUUCACAUUGCGAAGAGGUGCGUCGAAUCGUUGGCCGCCAAGGCUAGCAUUGAUCCGGACCUCUUUGGCUGGCCAGUAUCAGAGCACGGUGCGAUGCAUAGCCCCGGGGGCAGUGUAUUGUGGAAUGGUAUUAGCACGGGUGCAAAGCUCGGGAACUUCAGCUCAGAUUGGUGGUAUGAUGAUGCUUCAUCAUUGAGCUUCCCUACAUACAAGAGGCUUAUCUCCACCAUGGAGUCAAGAGGCGCCAAGGAGGAGAUCGUCGCCGGUUCGCUCACCUACUAUGCCAAGAAGUGUCUCCCAGGACUGAACAGGCGUCAAAGCAUGGGACCGGUGCCCCUGACUUCUGCUGCUGCUACCCUAUCCGAGGAAGAACAAAGGCAUUUGCUUGAGGACAUUGACAGGAUGCUGCCUCUUCAGAGAGGCCUGAUAUCCACAAAUGUUUUGCUCUGGCUGCUUCGAACUGCCAUGAUUCUGAAAGUCAACCGUGCUUGCAUUUCCAACUUGGAGAAAAGGGUCGGCAUGCAGCUAGAUGAAGCUACACUGGAGGAUCUACUGCUGCCGAACUUCUCGUACACAAUGGACACGCUCUACAACGUCGAGUGUGUGCGCAGGAUCCUUGAUCACUUCUUGGCGAUGGACCAGACCAUGGGUGGUGGCUCCCCGUGCUUGGAUGAUGUGAUGGGUUCUCCUUCACUCGCGCCGAUCACCGCUGUCGCCAAGCUGAUUGAUGGCUACCUCGCAGAGAUUGCACCAGAUAUCAACCUGAAGCCACCGAAAUUUGAAUCUCUUGCAACUGCUUUGCCUGAGUAUGCUCGGCCUCUAGAUGAUGGUCUUUACCGCGCCAUUGAUGUAUACUUGAAGGCGCAUUCUUGUCUACCGGAACCCGAGCGCGAGCAUCUCUGCCGGCUGAUCGACUGCCAGAAGCUGUCCCUGGAGGCAUGCACCCACGCCGCGCAGAACGAGCGCCUGCCGCUGCGUGUGGUGGUGCAGGUCCUCUUCUUCGAGCAGCUCCAGCUGCGGACAUCCAUCGCCGGGUGCCUGAUGGUCUCUGACAACCUGGAAGGAUCCUCACGCCCCCUCCACGGCAGUGGCACCAUCGCGACGUCCGGCGAAGCCGGUGCCCGCUGGGUCACGUCGGCCGCGGUGAGGGAGAACCAGGCCCUCAGGGCCGGCAUGGACAGCAUGCGGUUGCGGCUGGCGGAGCUGGAGAGGGAGUGCUCCGGCAUGCGGCAGGACAUCCGGAAGCUUGGCGGCGCCGCGGGGAAGGACGGGUGGGCGGCGCGGGUCCAGCGGAUGUUCAGCCUGAAGAUGAAGCUGCAGAUGUGCAGCACCGAGGAGGCGAAGAUGAACGACCGGCACAGGAGCGCCAGCGCCAAGCUGGAGAAGCUGCAGGCCAAGGUGUCCAGUCACAAGAAGCACCUCACCAUUGAUGCAUGAGCUCUCAAGCUUUUACCCUGGCCUGGAACUCCUUUUGGCUUCCAUGGUUUUCCUGCAGAGAGCUUCAGGGCUGAUAGUGCAGUGGCAAGACUUCUUCAGGUGAAACUGUCACUGAUGACUUCUGAACCCAUUGUGAUGUUUUGGGUGGUACUAGCGGUGCAGAUGGAACCAGCAAUGUAAUGUUUGUAGUAGUAGUAACUAAGAACUGGAGCAGAGUGACUGAGGCGCGGGUUUCGCGGGAAAUGGUUCGAUUUCAGGCAUUCACAAACACCUUUUGGUUGCCAUGAUUUAGCUAGAGAGUUGCACUGCCCUACCCCUGCUGCAUCUCUAGCUAAACCGUCGAGUUGUUCAUGAGUCAAGUAGGUGUCUCACUGAAGUAGCAGCAGUUGUAAAGCAGUGAUCAGCUGUGAGUGUAUUUUAGGGAAAGUCCCCAAAGCCCUGUCCAAAUGCUCUGUGGAUUUGUUACAUUGCUCAGCUUGUAAAGCACUUGGUGUAUGCUGGAAUUCAUCUCUGCUUUCUGUUUU